AAUGGCAGCAACAAACUUCACCUCCAUCCCCACAAUCGACCUCUCCGACGCCACCUCGCCAACAAAAAAGCCCGUCCUCCUCUCCCACCUCCGCAACGCCUUACUCUCAACCGGGUUUCUCUAUCUAAAAAACCACAACAUCCCACCGCAAACCAUCUCCUCCCUCACUGCAGCACUACCCCUCUUGUUCGCUCUCUCCGCAUCGUCAAAAACCGCAGCCGCGCUACAAAACUCGCCCCACUUCCUAGGCUACAGCGCAACAGGCAGCGAGACAACAGCAGGGAAACAAGACGCAAGAGAGCAAUUCGAAUUCUGCACGCCGCAUUUCUUCCGCGCAGAUCAACUCCACGACCAUGGAACUCGAAGAAAACUACGAAAAGAGGAAAAAAUCUACGACAUGCUCAAAGGCCCGAACCAAUACCCUCCAGCAUUCCCAGCGCUAAAGGAUACAGUGGAGAAUUACAUGACCGCGCUCACGCGACUCAGCACGCAGUUUAUACGUUUAGUAGCAGAAGCGUUGGAACUGCCGUCAGACGCACUCGAUAGCUUCCUAAGCGACACGAACCGUUUGAAGCUCGUGCACUACCCGUCCAUCGCCGGAGAUAGUGAAGACAGCGGACUGCCAGCGCAAGGCGUGGGCCCGCAUAAAGAUUCCUCUGGGUGGUUUACGUUCCUGCUGCAAGCUUCUCCGCCGCAUAUCCACGGUCUGCAGGCGCUGAAUAAACGCGGGGAAUGGAUCGAUGUAGCGAAUCUUCCUGGGACGCUGGUUGUGAAUAUAGGGCAAGGGUUUGAAGUGAUUACGGGUGGGGUUUGUAAAGCGACGGUUCAUAGGGUUUUGGGUACUCGGCCGGGCGAGGAUAGGUAUAGCGUGCCGUUUUUCUUGGGGUUGAGGAGGGAUUUGAGGAAGGGGGAGGCGGUGGGGAAGUUGGGGGAUCAUUUUAGAGAGGGUCGUUGGAAACGUGUUGGUGGUGAGGGAGAGUGUGGGGAGAUGGCUGGGGUGGAGAGCGAGGAGGCGAGGGCGGUGGACAGUAAGUGGUUGAGUGGGGAGUAUGAUGUUUGGGGGGAGGCGCAAUUGAGGACCAAGAUUGCGAGUCACAGAGAUGUGGGGAGGAGGUUUUAUAGGGACAUGGUGGAAGGGGAUUGAUGGAUGACGUUGUAACAGUAU